AUGUCGGGUGUUCUAGGGUCCUCAUACCCAAACUUUCGGUUAUCAAAAAGCCUCGUUUACUCAACUGCACAACCUUUUAUGGAUGAAGAGAAGGAGAAUGAUUAUGGAGACAUUAGUCAACUUCUCAUCGGAGAGGAUAACACGCAAUACAACAAAUACGUGUCUCUACUCGAAAGAAACGAAUUAGAUGGUAUACUUGAUCAGUUACCGCAAGAUGAUCAAAAUUCAAGUACAACCGAAUUAAAUGAGAUACUGACUAAGCAAGAUACGCAAUCAACAAUUGUGGAAGAUUGCCUCGACAAACAAUCUGAUUUCGGGCAUGAUGGUUUGUUCGAUCCGCAAGACAACAAUCAAUCUUCUUUAAUUGACUCCGUAACCGCUGUUACAAUGUAUCUUGACGAAUUACCACGAAAUUUACAACCAGAGUUUAUACAGCGAGAUGCUGUUUUUAGGCCAUUUUAUUUUAAAUACAUGAAUUCCAGCGAAGAGCAAAUCGCUCACGCGAUUGAAACAAAAUUGAACAUUGAUUCAUUAUCGCUUCCGUACUCAGAAUCAUCAUUGUCAAAUGAAUUGGAUGAUACUCCAUUGAUAAAUACUGAGAAUCAAGAAAACGCAUUUCUGAAUGCAUCUCCCUCGCCCAUCGCAUGUAAUAAUCCGCACCCUUCAAAUCAUACAGUUGACCCUGUGGAUGCAACCUUUAAUGAUUACUUUCUUAUAUCUGAUGAAUCACUUAUGGGAGAGCAGGAAUUAAUGGAAAAGUGUCUUUGGCCCAAAAGAAUUAACGCAGACGCUCAACAAACCGAAUCAACAUUAGAAAAUAGUCAACAUCAGCAGAAUGAAGAAGCCAUGAAUAAAGAAGCCACGAAUGAAGAGGUCAUAAACGAAGAGGUCACGAAUGAAAAAGACAUGAAUGAAGAAGGCAUGAAUGAAGAGUUUGCGAAUGAAAAAGUCAUGAAUGAAGAAGGCAUGAAUGAAGAGUUCAUGAAUGAAGUCACGAAUGAAGAAGUCACGAAUGAAGAAGUCACGAAUGAAAAAAUCACGAAUGAAGAGGCCACGAAUGAAAAAGUCACGAAUGAAGAGAUCAUGAAUGAAGAAGUCACAAAUAAUCAAGUCACGAAUAAUGAGUCCACGAAUGAUGAGCCUACAAAUGGUGAAUCUACGAAUGAUGAAUUCGUAAAUGGUGAUGCAAAGGAGGACAUUAAAGUAAAGAGUGAACCAACUACACCAACAUUCGAAAAUUAUGAUGAUGAUUUAUGUGGGAGUUCGGACGCUAUAUUGUUUUCUCCUUUUCAUUCUCAAAAAUCGCUUCCUGUUUAUCUUCAAAAGCCGUCACUCCUUGAUUCGCCCUCAACAUUUAGCAAGAAUCAGAGAGUCAGGAAAUCUUAUCAAGCAAGAUUUGACGACGUGCCAACAUUGAUUUUUGAACACGAAAAAUCGAAUUAUACAUCGAUUAAUGUUAAUGAUGCUUCUGUGGCUCGUUUUCAGGCCCAAUCAUCUAUUACACCAACAGAUUCCAAUGCUAAAUCACCAUCUCAUUUCAACGAACCUCAAUCUCAAUCAUCUAUUCCAGCUACAGAUGCCAGUAAAGGACCCUUGACACAACAAGCACCACAAUCUACUACAGUUUCUAGCCGAGAUACAGUUGAUACAAAAGAAGAACCUGUUGUUGCGGCAGCUACGGGAACAACGCCAGAUCCGAUUGUGACAAAUGUAUCAGGGGACACGCCCGGGGAACGUUCCCUUUUCACAAAUAGUCGAAAUUCGAGUGUCGAACCAUCAUGGCGCCAUAUUGUCAAAAAAGCUCGUUCUAAAUGGACAUCCGCCGAGCUAGAGGCAUUGGAAGAAGGUAUGAAUUUAUUUGGAACCAGUUGGGUCCAAAUAUUAGAAAAAUAUGGGAGAGCAGGUGGACCUCUACGUAAUCGUAAUCCAGUACAGCUUAAAGAUAAGGCGCGUAACGAAAAACUACGGCGAAUAAAAAUGGAAGUACCCUUAGGUAUUUUCGAGAAAGCUACUGGUGGAUACGAUAACGAGUAA